AUGUCGGAGGUGUCGAACUCCCUCCUUGAAGACCCUGUCAGAAGACCACUUCCACGUCCAGAGUUAUGUCCGUGCUGCUACGGGCUGGUAGAGCGUCGUAGAGGUCAUGAGCCAAACGCUCGGGAACUGAACAUAACGAAUGACCUGACCCCCGAGCUUGGCAGGAGGAGACGAGUGGCUUGGGGAGCGUAUAAGAGCAUCAAGGAUGUAGUGAAGAAGACCAGGAACACCCGGCUCCGCGCUCACCUUUUCAACACCACCGUACUUCCUGCUUUGACUUAUGCUUCGGAAACCUGGGCAUUUCGCAAGCAGGAACAAAACGCGGUGAACGUCAUUGAACGCGCAAUUGAGAGAGUGAUCCUAGGAGUAUCCCGUUUCACGCAAGUGAGGAACGGGAUUGGAACUUCUCUCCUACGUCAGCGAUCGAAGAUUAGAGACGACGCCGCGUUUGCCAAGGAAGGUAAAAUAAGGUGGGCCGGACACGUGAUGGGCUUUAAUGACAACCGUUGGACCAGAGCCGUGAGCGACUGGGUUAUCCGCGAUAUUAAGCGCACUACAAGAAGACCGCCGACCCGAUAA